CGUGCUGCGGCAGUGGAGCCGUGGGGCUGCCGCUGCCAUGUCGGAUGCGGGACGCGUUCCCGGGCGCGGCUGUGGGGCCGCUUCUCGGUUUUUAUUCCGAGUCUUCCCCAGUUAAUAAAGACGGAGAGAGAGAUCGAGCGUAGAGAGCAGCAAGCAAUCCAGCAGAUCUCACAGCAAAGGCUUUGAAGACUGCUGAGGAGGACACGAUUUGAAUCAUUCAAGCAUUAAAAUAGUAAUACCCAUGGAAGAGCCACAAGAUUUACCCGAGCAACCAGUGAAAAAAGCCAAGAUGCAGGAAUCCCGAGAGCAAAGCUUAAGCAGUCAUGUGAGCAACACCGAAGUCAGCGAUCAGAAACCUGAAUCUUCAAGCCUUGGUUCAAACCUUUCCAUGUCAACUGAGAUUAUGACAUGCACUGACUAUAUCCCAAGGUCAUCAAAUGAUUAUACCUCACAGAUGUAUUCUGCAAAGCCAUAUGCACAUAUCCUUUCUGUACCUGUAUCCGAAACAAUGAGCCCUUACCCUGGUCAGACUCAGUACCAAGCACUACAGCAAUCUCAGCCCUACACCAUCUACCCCCAGACCACCCAAACCUAUGGACUACCUCCUUUUGCAUCAACUACCAAUGCCAGUCCAGUCUCUACAUCCUCAACUGUUGUCAAUAUUUCCACGUCAGCAGUAGCCAGCAUCUCACAGGAAUAUCCUACGUACACAAUCCUUGGCCAGAGUCAGUACCAGACGUGUUACCCAAGUUCUGGCUUUGGAGUCAUAACACCAGCAGACAGCAACGCGGAGAGUUCUGCAUUAGCGACAGCUACGUAUCCAUCUGACAAAGCAAACGCCAUGGUGCCUACACGGACAGUGCAGAGACAUUCCUCUGGAGAUGCAUCCACAAGUCCCUCAUUGUCAAGAGCAACAGCAAGUAAAGAGUUAGAUGAGCAGGCGAGAAAAAAUAUCCCUGGGAAGAACAGAGGGAAAAGGAAAGCAGACACCCCUUCUUCACAAGACAGUGAACUGGAGCGAGUGUUUCUCUGGGACCUGGAUGAGACCAUCAUAAUUUUCCAUUCACUUCUCACAGGGUCUUAUGCUCAAAAAUAUGGCAAGGAUCCAACUCUGGUAAUUGGCUCAGGUCUCUCAAUGGAGGAGAUGAUUUUUGAAGUAGCUGAUACUCACCUGUUUUUCAAUGACUUGGAGGAGUGUGACCAGGUACACAUAGAAGAUGUGGCAUCUGAUGAUAACGGCCAGGAUUUAAGCAACUACAAUUUCUCCACGGAUGGCUUCAGUGGCUCAGGAAGCAAUGCCAAUCACAGUUCAUCAGUUGGUGUCCAAGGUGGAGUGGACUGGAUGAGGAAAUUGGCCUUCCGUUACCGCAGGGUACGAGAGAUCUACGAUAAAUACAAAACAAACGUUGGAGGCCUUCUCAGCCCACAGAAGAGGGAAGCUCUGCAGCGACUAAGAACUGAUAUAGAAGUGUUAACAGAUUCUUGGCUGGAAACUGCAUUAAAGUCCCUGCUACUCAUACAGUCCAGAAAAAACUGUGUGAACAUCCUGAUCACAACCACCCAACUGGUGCCAGCUCUUGCCAAAGUUCUCCUGUAUGGAUUGGGCGAGGUGUUUCCCAUUGAAAAUAUUUAUAGUGCAACCAAAAUAGGCAAAGAGAGCUGUUUUGAGAGGAUUGUGUCACGAUUUGGAAAGAAAGUCACCUAUGUGGUAAUUGGAGAUGGGCGUGAUGAAGAGGUUGCAGCUAAGCAGCACAACAUGCCUUUCUGGAGGAUCACAAACCAUGCAGACCUUGUGUCCCUUCACCAAGCCCUUGAGUUAGACUUCCUGUAAGAAGCCAGAGCAAAGGUGUGGCUGUGGCUCCUGCAAUCUCUCCAUCACUGGGGAGGCAAAGAUCUCAUAAACAACUGGGGACAUUUUCAGCUUGAUGAAGAAAACAUACCUAAUGCAAAUUGUACAGUAGACUUCAGGUCAUUUCCUCAGGAGCACAGACCUGGCCAAGAACAGAGGUGUCCUAUGAGAAGCACUAGACUCAGCAGAGCUAGAGCUUGACUGGUGAAGAGACUCAUGGAAUCCAGCUGAAUUCUUCUGGCAGGUAGUCUCCAGAGGGAGGGGGUAACACAGCUGAGAAGGCUCUUACUGAUACUUCUGCUUUUCUAUUCUGCUUAGUUAUAGAAACCCAAGUAAACAUAAAACCUUAUUUUUAUAGAAAAAAACUGAUGGCAGAGCUGAACCUCCCUUGUUUUGCAAAGCCAAAAAGAGAUAUUGGUUGUUUUUUGUUUGUUUUUUUUUCCAUGGGAAAUAUUAAUGAAAAUGUCAAAAAUACCUCUGCUGCUGUGAAAAUGUGUCCUCUCUCCUUCUCUGGGUGUUCAAAAGCAGUUAAUUUAUUAUGAUAUCCUUACAUUAUUUCUAUAACAUAGGAUUUUUCCCAUUCUGGGAUAAGUGGUUCGUGGUAGAGGGAGGUGUUGCUGUUGGUUUCUCCCAUUGGCUUCUAGGCAGUGUGUGUAGGAUGCACAUGGCUGAGCCCUGUUAAUGAGCAGAGGAUCAUUGGAUUCCAGCUGUCCAUAUCCCAUAGGUCCCGCAGGUUUUUCCUGGAUGGGAAAAUGAAACUGCCCACAAACCUUACAGAGAGUGCAACACUAUUGAAGAGAGUGGUGAGAUCUGAACAGAGUCCUCAUUUGGACUGGAAGUAAUUUGAGAGAGAACUAAAUUCUCAUGGAUGUUACAAAGAAGAAUAUGGUAACUAUCUCUGCCUCUGCUCUUCUGACUCCAUUUGUGAGAAUGUGUUUCCUUUGGUAGAAUCAGAUUCAGUUUUCUUGUAUUCUUUGCAUUAGCCUAACUACAUAGUGAACAGCAAAAUAAAGUCCUUGGCAGGAGGUACUGAAUUCUGUAACACACUGUGACUUGCCAGCCUGGAGCACACUGGCCUUGGAAGUGAUGGAUACACUGAUUUUUUUUUUUAUUUUAUUUUAUUCUUUUGCUACCAUCUCAGAAAAUAAGUCUGGAGUCAGUGAGCUGCAGUACUGCUGACCAGAAGGGGCAAAUGGAAGCUGGGGGCUGCUUUUGUGCCAAGUCAGGCUGCAGGCAGUGGGGUCUGCCCCCCACCUGUGCCCCCUGAUGGCACCAAACCAGCAGAUGCCUGAGGUUUCUGUACAGAGGAUGGAUGAAUGCUUUGCUGCUGAGCCAAACGCUGCAGCUGCACCCAAACCCUUUCAGAUUGUUUCCAGCCCAGCAUCACCCAGCUGUGUCCCGUGUCUCAAAGGUGCAGAGUGUGACUUAGGAAGGAUGCAGACUGCUCAGGUUGCGCCCACAAGAGCAGGUGAUGUUUGCUGCAUUCCUAUCAUGGCAUUAAUUAGUGAGGAAUCAUUUCCAUCAGUGCUGGGGGGGUGCUGGUGUGGCUCAGCACAUGCGUGGAUUUGUCCUGUAAGGACUGCUGUGAAGUGUGUCCUGUGCUCUGCUCACCACUGCUGGGGCUGCUGAAGGUACGUGGCUUGGAUCCUGGUCUCUGUUUCAGCCCUGGGUUUGGCUGUAAAGAUAAAUACAAAUCAGAGGAGUUUGCCUUUCUCCGAGAUGGCCUCAGAGCCAUCUGCUUAUCCGCCAGCUCAGCACCAGAUGCCAACCAAGUGCUUUGAUCACAGGCAGACAUUCCAGGGCUGCGUAUCUCCACAGGAAGCCUCUGCCUCGGGAGUGCAGAGCUGGAGGGGGCAGAUGGUGCAGGGCAGUGGUUUGCUGCUGGAGCCAUAGAAUGGUUGGGGCCGAAGGCACCUCAGAGCCCCCAGCCCCUGCUGUGGGCUGGUUGCCAUUCCCCCAUCAGCUGCCCAGGGCCUUACCCUGCCUGACCCUGGCACCUCCCAUCCUUGGCAGGACUGCUGACUGUCAGGCACACUCCUGUGCUUUACUCCCAGCACAGCAUGUGGCCACUGCCUCCUGCAGCCCAGGGUGGGGGUCCAGGGCUGGCAGGCCGUUCUCUUGGCACAGAGCACACUGCAGCCAGCAGGCCCUGCUUUGGCUGUUUACUUUAAAAUGUUUUAAGGGAAUUUUAGGACAGCAACAGAAUUGUAGCUGAGCGCGGACCUAUUGCAGCCAGUGGCAUUUCAUACUGAUAUUUAUAUGAUGUCUCCUUGAAUGUAUGUAAAGUACUUUUAUAGCAGGAGGUCGGUGGUACGUUUCUGUGUUUGUUUAAUAAAGGCUGACCCGGCGAUUUUAUUAUUUUCCUC